AUGCUUGGAGGUAAAAUGAAAACAGUGUUCCUCUGGCUCCUCCUAGUAGCGUUCAUCAUUUUCCUCUUUGUGGAUUACACCGUCAUCAACCAGUUUUCAUCGUUGGCUGUUUUUCAAAGGAAAACGAUUUUAACAAAUAGACCCACUCAUAUCUGUAACCUUAACACAAACCCUAUACUAAAUAUCUCGGCUUUACCAGUUCCAGAGGCCUUUUCAUCGUCACAGUUUUACGGAGAUAGAAGCUUGUUGGAGUAUCAGUGGUAUUUUAAGCCAAACGUUUCCAAAAUUUCUCCUCUGAAUCACCGAUUUUUACAGAAACCUUCAGCAAGUUGUGCGUACAAUUGUUCACUAGUCAUCUUGGUGAUGUCACUGCAUCAUAUGACGUCACAGAGACAGGCCAUCCGUGAUACGUGGGGCAGUGUUUCUGAACUGGAACCUUUGCCCGGCUCGAGUGAAUAUUUCCCCAUCGAAGUGUUCUUUGUUCUGGGCGUCAAUAAAAACAAGACUUUGAACGCAGCUGUCGCCAUGGAAUCGGAAGCGAAGAAGGACAUUAUCGUGGCAGAAUUUGACGACAGCUACUCCAAUCUCACUCGCAAGGUUCUCAUGGCAUUCAAAUGGGUCAAGGAAUUUUGUCCGACUGCGAAAUACGUGAUGAAGGUUGACGAAGAUACGUAUUUAAACAUUCCCAAAUUUGUAGCUUUGAUACAGUCCCGUGAGUGGAACAAUACACUGUUAGGACCAUACUUUUUCGUCGAUCCAGUGCUAAGAACAGGAAAAUACGCCACUUCGAAAACAGCAUUUCCGGCUCCAAAAUAUCCACCACACGUUAAAGGGAACGCGUAUUUCAUGCCAAUGGACGUUGCAAUGAAAGUCUUAACUGUGUCAGAACAUAUGCCGUAUAUCAAUAUGGAAGAUACUGCAAUCACGGGUGUACUGGCGAAAAUAUUUAAUUUUAGACACUUCGGUUUAGCCAAAGACCAGUACUACAUUGACAAGGCCGCGUCGACGUGUGAACUAGUCACCGGAAGUAUAAUAAUCUCACAGCAGAUAUUUGUUGAUACAUUUUAUAAAAUCUGGGACAGAGUUAAGAACAAUUCCAUGUGUAAAACGGUCAAAUGA